AAACUAUCUGUCCAUUGUCAUCAUGAAUAUUUAGCCAUUUAGGGUUGUGGACUUUACCUAACAGCACAAGAAUCCUAUGAAUUAUGAAACACGAAGAAUUCAUUAAGAAAAAAACAAAGGCUAAGGAACAAAAAGCAGAUGUUAUAUGUUUUGGUGGUUGUGAUAUUAGGUUAUCCACCUAUGAGCAACCUUAAGCUAUGCCAUACACACACACAUAUUAUAUAUGUUUACAGACACAUAUAUGCAUCUAAAACUAAAACUCAAGUUAUUGAAAAUUUCACAGUUGCGUCAAUUAUGGAGAAGACGUCGAAGAAGCUAUUUAUUUUCAAUCUCUGCAUCAAUUUUGGUAUUUUAGUAACAAGAAGAUGCAACGCAACUACAUACUUUGUGGGAGACACGUCCGGUUGGGACAUAAGCUCCGAUCUUGAAUCUUGGCCUUUAGGCAAGCGAUUCUCUGUCGGUGAUGUUCUAAUGUUCCAAUACUCAUCGUCGCAUAGUGUCUACGAAGUGGCGAAAGACAACUUCCAAAGCUGCAACACUACGGACCCCAUCCGUACGUUCACAAAUGGGAACACGACCGUUGCUCUGUCCAAACCGGGAGACCGGUUCUUUGUAUGUGGUAACCGGCUCCAUUGCUUUGCUGGUAUGAGGCUACAAGUCAAUGUCCAAGGCAAUGGCCCAUCUCCGGCCCCUGUGGGCGCUCCACGGGCCGCCCCCGCAGGAAUUCUCCAGCCAUCUUCUAAAAAGAAUAACCCUGCAACCGGGGUUGCUAGCUCGGCUGCCCAUAUUGGUGGCCGCGGCCUGAGGGGCAGUAUGAAUUAUUUUGUAUAUUUGAUGGUUUUUACUUUUCCGUUAAUAUUGUAUUUUAUUAACAACUAAAAUAUAAGAGUUUUCAUAUAGUAUACUUAAGAGUUUCAAUAUACAGUAAUGUAUAUAUAUUCUCUGA